AAGGAUCCUACGGUGACGAGAUAGACAAGCCACAACGAUAUGAUUACUCAUUAGCUGAUACUUUUACGGAUGCUAAGAAAUGUGCUAAUGUUGCUUCUACAAAACUGACAAAUAAAUCUUAAGAUUGUUAACUAACUAGGAAAGGUGCCUCUUGUGUGUUUUUAAAUUACUUUCCGAUACCAUUAUUGUUCGCUUUUUUUUCCUUACAAUAUCACAACGGCGGUCUGAACGAACAUAUUUGAGUUUUGCCGUUAGGAUAGCAGACCGUGCUGGCACCCCUUUCUCUUGUAUCGUCUCAUUAGAAUACUGCAAGACCAUCGCACCAUACCGGCGUGUUGCAUACAAUUAACCGCUAAUCGAGUGAUAAUUAUACGCUACGGUUACAAAGUGAACAUGCCGCUUGUUCGUUACGAUCUACUUCUCGACUUAAUGCACUGCCAACGAGAGUAUGUCUCGUAGGGGAGGUAUCAAUAUCGCGCUGAGGCGACUGUCUCGGAAUCAUAUUACCGAUCCCAGUCUUCCGGCGAUAGUCGUAUAGCGAAGCUUGUGUGAAAAAAAUAGGCCGGCCAGCAAAGAACGAACAAAGACAAACAAUGCCCUCUUGGUGGAUCAUCUGCAUCAUCAUCCAGGAGUAUGGAUAUUCGCUGAUAGUUGCCACCAGUAAACUUCCCGGCUCGACGAUCCUGCCGGAGGAAGUGCUAUGCCGGACAGGUGCUAAUCGCACGCUUGCAGCGUCGUUUCCGGAUCAACGUGUUCGGCCCACCAAACAGCAGCAGUACAUCGAUUACAAGCUGCACUAUGGUUUGCGGUAUAAUCCAACCCGGCCAAACGGUCGGAACGGUACGCAGGAGCAACCGUUGCGGGAGCGCAAAAAGUUUCUACCACCCAAGCUAUCGUACGAGCCGCCAUUACUAAGCGUGUUUCACAUCAUCUCCUUCGUGAAUGGACCGUGCGUGCCGAGACGGCAACCGGCCGCGGUUGAAGGGAACGUGCCGGACAAUGCUACCGUAUGGAGCGGUGUGUGCUACCAUGAGCAGGAGUGCCAGCUGCUGCACGGAACGCCAAUGGACAGCUGUGCCGGAGGGUUCGGUGUGUGUUGCGUGUUUCGGUUCGGGUGUGAUGGUAGAACGGAGCAGAAUGUAAGUUAUUUCCACAGCCCCAACUAUCCUGGGCCCGCAACGGAUGCCGUGCCGUGUGGCUUCACCCUAAUCCUGCAGCGUACCGUCCAGCAGGUGUUGCUCGAGUUUCGGUUUUUCGAACUGCAACCGCCACAGCUCGGUAACUGCGUCGAGGAUCAGUUCAUCGUGUCGGUACAAAACGACCAGCAUGUCUACCCGGUGCUGUGUGGCAUCAACACUGGACAGCACAUGUAUCUCGACAUCGAUCGUGCAUACUCACACCGUCUGUAUCUGAGUGCGGUGUUCAACUCCAAACAGCCGAGAGCCUUUCUCGUGAAGAUAACGCAGGUCAGCAGUUACAGUUUCCGUCCGAUGCUAACCCCCCGCUCACUCUACAUGCUGGCUGAUGUGUUUCCUUCUUUACGGCUUAAUUUUCAGCUUGCUACGCCCCGCGCUCCAGCCAGCUGCCUGCAAUUUCAUGAGGGUGUGAGCGGUGUGCUGAAAUCAUUCAACUACGACAACAACUCUGUGCUGGUGACGAACCGCAAGGCAAGCUAUUUUAACAAUCUUAACUACGCUAUCUGCAUCCGACGACAGCCACUGUUCUGCAAUGUCGUGCUGGCCAAUAUGGACACAGCCAACGGGAAGGAGAACAUAUUUCAGUUGGUAAACAUAGCGGAAGACGGUAGCAGUAUCGUACCACCGAACCAGGCCGGUGUGGAGCUGUUCAGCUGUCCGGACGAUUUCAUCGCCAUCAAUUUUGUCCGGCUGUGCGGAGAGCGGCUGAACGAUGGAAGUCUGGUGGCGGAUGCCAGCAUCAACACACCGGUUAGAUAUAGUAACGCCGGUCCGAUAGUAAUAGCGGUGCAGACCGAUCAAGCGAUUGUGGGACGUGGUUUCAAGCUAACAUACACGCAGCUGGUCUGUACAGACAAAAUACGUUAGUCAAUAAAGUCCUUUCAGUUCGGCGUUCGGAUUUGAGGGAACUCGAGUAACCUUUUCCUUUUGCCGUCAGCAUC